AAAAAAAAUCAAUCAAGUGAGGUUGUAGUCCUUCUCCAUGUCGUAUGACAGCAGGGGCGGAAGAAACGCACGCGUUAACCUACUCAUAGUCGUCGUUUCGAUUGGGUCUAUCCUUCAUUCGAAUGCCACAGCGCAGCGAGGCGACGAUGGUGACGUCACCAAUCAUUCGAAUGUCUCCAUAUGAAACAAGUCUUUUUUUGAAGUCUCAGCUCUGAAAAUUCAGUUGCUAAAAUUCUGAUUUCGUUUCCCAAUUCACUCACUUUCCCAAUUGCUUUCGCCUUUAUCGUUCUUGAUGGGUAAAGGAGGAGGUUGUGUUCCCAGCAAGAAAAAGGGACCGCUAGUCGCUCAAGAUUCACCGCCUGAGGCCACUCAAGGACUCAGGGAGGCUGUGAUUGAAACUGAGCAGCAAAACACCCACCCCGAUGAGCCAACUAGAGUCGCAUCAUCGUUAUCCGCUGCUGUGGGCAGCACGAAGCUGAAGAUCUUCAUCGUGUUCUACUCGAUGUACGGGCACGUUGAAGGACUGGCGAAAAGUUUGAAGAAGGGUGUGGAUAUUGUGGACGGUGUCGAAGGGGUUUUGUAUAGGGUUCCGGAAAUAUUGUCGGAUGAAGUGCUGAGCCAGAUGAAGGCGCCGCCCAAGGAUGAGACCGUGCCGGAGAUUACGGCUGCAGAACUUACUGCGGCUGACGGGGUGUUGUUUGGCUUUCCCACAAGGUAUGGUGCCAUGGCGGCGCAAAUGAAAGCUUUCUUCGAUUCCACUGGGCAGUUGUGGAAGGAGCAAAAGCUCGCAGGAAAGCCCGCUGGUUUCUUUGUCAGCACGGGCACCCAAGGCGGCGGUCAAGAAACCACAGCUUGGACAGCAAUCACUCAGCUGGCACACCAUGGGAUGUUGUUUGUUCCUAUUGGAUAUACAUUUGGACCUGGAAUGUUCAAGAUGGACUCCAUUAGAGGGGGUUCUCCAUAUGGUGCAGGAGUGUAUGCUGGUGAUGGCACAAGAGAGCCAACUGAAACAGAGCUGACACUUGCAGAGCAUCAGGGAAAGUAUAUGGCUACUAUAGUCAAGCGGCUCGCAGCCAAGUCAUGAUAAUGUUUUCUUGAUUUCAUUCAAUUCUUUGUGGAUCAUUGUAUUCUUUUUUCCGUUCUUUUGUGUUCUUGACAAAUUGGUUUUGGCAUUUUUUCAUUGCAUUGUGACGAGGAAAGUAAGCUUUGUUCCCCUAUCAAUUAUGUUGGGAUGAGAUUCCCUUGUUGUAGAUUCUGCAUUGUCCUGGAAGGUGUGUGGCUGUUCAUAAAUUUAUGUCAAAUAAUUGUGUGAAGUUUGCAUA